GCGCGCAUUCGACAAGCAUCGUGCACGACUCGGUCUCAUCAUGCGAGUGGUGCUUCCUGCGCUCGUGUUUCUUGCGUCGCUACAUGCAAGUGACGCAGCGCAAACAUGCCGCCUGUCUUUGAACGUGGCGAACGUUGCGAAUCCCACUCAAGCUCCAGUGGUCACGACGACGUCGCCGGUCACGACGCCUGGUGGAAAUACCACCAACGCCACCAAUGUCGUGGUGACAUCUCCCGCACCAACCACGUCGGUACCAGGAGGAUCGACAACCGCAUUGCCGUCCACGUUGAAGCCUGACAAAACCACUCUCGCGCCUCCAACUACAAUCGCCAUCACGACGGUCGCGGUACCAACGACGGUUGCACUGACAACUGCUGCGCCAGCGACGACCCCUAAAGAAGUGUCCGCUAGCCGUUUUCUUAAAGAUAGUAGCGCGCUACCCACAACGACAGUCGCUCCGACCACGACGGCUUCGACCUUGAGCGGGAAGACAACUCCAUCUCCUGCCACGACGGAGAAUGCCACUUCGUCCAAAGUCCCCAGCACCACCGUGGCAAGUUCUACGACAUCGACCACGUUUGGAACGAUUGUGUGCGACGAAACCUUCUACGGUCUGUGGGCAAAGAAAGGAAUCACGUGUGGUGGGGUGGCCCUGAAUGUUUCGCACGUCCUUGACCAAGAGUGUAAGGUCUAUCGUGGUACGCUCUCCUUGACCAACUCCUCGACCGCUGGCUCGACCGCGUGCUUCUCGAGCUGCUACAUUCCCGCUUGCGUCGACAAGAAGUGGGACUACUCGGAUCCGUUGGGCAUUGACAGUUCCAUCUACAAAGACUUGACCUUUAGCGACUGGUUCGGAUCGACUGCCGCCACCCUCGCUCCGUCCCUCAGCGCGAUCCCGACCUCUUCAUUCAAUCCGUCGUUCUCUUGUGAAAAAUACUCCAUGUGCCAAUGUCCUGCGGCGAACAUCGUGUCAACUGACAAUUCGACGGCAACCAACGGCACCACGCCCAACAACGGUGGCACGUCCGGCUCGUCGGCCAACGACGUGUGGUCCGAUGGGUCCAAGAAGACCAACCUCGACUACGCCGGCCAAGUCACGUCCAGCGUGAGCACGUCCAUUACAUACACAACGAUUGCGGCGACAACGACCAUGGUAAUUGCUUCGUCGGUGGGGGUCGUGAGUUCGUCGGCAUCCGCCGCCGCGGCCGGGGUGUCUACCGCCGGGAGUGCCAGUACUGCCGGCACGACGUUGGAUAUUGCGCAGUUUGCCGUGUGCACGGGGGCGCUCAGCCUUCCAGGAGCGUCGAACACGUUGCGUCUUGUUGCUACCCAAAUGUCGUUCAGUACGUUUACUUGGUUUUCGUUUGGCGACGAUGACAAAUCGGGGAAGCGCAAGCUCGUGGAAGAAUAUCGUGGUCCCCGCGAACAGGACAAAGGCGGCAUGUUCGAGUACACAAGCCGCUUGGGAAUUAAGCCGCAUAUGCUCAUGUAUGUCACGUUGGCGGGUGUCGCGUCCGUGUUGGGUGGCGUCGGCAUCCUUCUCAUUCUGGUCGUGCUCGUUGGGAACAACUUGAGUUGUGUGAAAGACAAGGCAUCGUUCCGACAGGACUGCCUCGACCGCGCGAUUGGGGCACUUGUACUCGUAGCUGUCAUCUCGCAGUACGCCCUCGGUAUGGUGUGCAUGUUUCAGGUCUGCCUGACGCUGAAAAAUUCGCGUGGCGCGACUGUGACGGCCGAGCUCUUUGUCGCGAUUGCCACCCUUGUGAUUUUGGCGAUUGGAAUCAUCGUGUACAGCCUCCACAUUGUGCGCAAGAACAAAGAGGAAAUCCAGGACAUUGGGACGGCGGCGCAUUUUGACAAGUCCAUCCACAAGCGGUUUGGGACGUUGUACGACCAGUACACGUUUGAAAACCGGUACUUUUUCGUGGCCAAGAUGAGUCUUGCGCUCUUGUCGGGCAUGGUCACCGGGACGUUCGCCAUAACAGGCAAAACCCAGUUGAUUUUGCUCAUUUCGAUGCACGUGGCGUUCUUUUUGCUUCUCGAAGUGCGCAAGCCCCACAGCGCCAAGUUUGUCCAGAACACGUCCGUCAUGAUUGUGAUCCUCAAGGUUGUUGUGUUUGGGCUGAGUUUCUUCUUGCUGACGGCGGCGACGGAAAAUCUGCCGUGGGCGGUGCAAAACGUUGUGUCGUAUGUGAUUCUGGCGCUCCAACUCGUCGUGUUGCUGUGCUUGCUGGUCCGCCAGCUCUACAUUUUUUGGAAAACGCGGCAGAUCAAGAACCAAAAGGACGAAAGCGGCGUUGCCGCGGACGAGUUUACCCCACCGCAUUUGCAAAUGCACGCGUUCGAUUCGUUGCCACCGUCGAUGAAGCAAGGGCAGCGCGAAUGGACCAGCGAGUACUACAGCGACCAAAACUACCGCGCGCCGCCAGCGCAAAACCCACCGCGGCAGCCGUAUCAACAAACUACAUCGCUGCGGGAGAUUCGCCCAGCACCGGGACACGUGUCGGGCAAACGCUUUGAUGACGGCCACGACCCCAAUGAAUAUGCGAUCUAGUACGCGCUUCAGUAUUUUGUCCUUGUUAAUAUCAUCGGAAGGGUACUUUCCAGGUGCGAUGUCCACACGACGACCUCCACGACACGCAUCUUGAGCAUCUGAAGCAUUCAUGGCAGCAUCAUUUGAGAUUCAAGUGCGCAGCUAGCUCCAUCACCCACUCGAGUACGAUCAAUCCGAUGGAACGAGACGACACGCACGCUUCGGAAAGCUUGUUGAGUAUGAAGGACACGCGCCGUCGGGUUGAGGGGAGUUGGCGGUGUGAUAUCGCGUAGUUCAACACGAGAGUGUCUAAACAUUCAAUGACGAUCGGCCAGCCCUGCGUCCAGUUCGCCGUUGUCUCGUAUUCUCCACG